CACCGGUGUAUAUAUUAACCUGGAAAUUUCGAAUCAAAACAGCCGCUUUGCUUGCAAUCGAGUUCUGACGUAAUAUUUGAGUGGCCAAUUAAAAGCAAGCUUGUGAUGACGUCACCGGAACCAGGAAGACAGCGCUGCCUGCCUGCUUCACAUGUCUCGCUUGAUACUGUUUGGAUGUCAGAACUCCUCAAAGAUAUUUCGGAUCACGUCCUUUGCUCGAUCCUCCUCCCUCCUCCGACGUCACUCUGCCCUCCACACUGGCCCAAUGGAGCUGAAGGAUAUUUUAAAAGUUCUGGAGGAAUUGGCACCCCUCUCGCUGGCUGAGCCGUGGGACAACGUGGGCCUGCUGGUGGAGCCGAGCAAGCCACGGCCUGUCAAGAAUGUCCUUCUGACCAACGACCUCACCGAGCCAGUCAUGGAGGAAGCGCGGACCCGAAGCUGCGAUCUCAUCGUGUCCUACCAUCCGCCGAUCUUCCGACCGAUUAAAAGUCUGGUCCAGAAGGACUGGAAGCAGCGUUUGGCUAUCCAAGCCGUUGAGGCUGGUAUCGCCGUAUUCUCUCCUCACACAUCGUGGGACAGUGUUAAUGGAGGAGUUAACGACUGGCUGGUUGGAGGACUUGGUGGCGGUCAGGUGUCAGUGCUGAAUCAGGCCAAUGUGGACUUCCCUUACAGUCACAUAGUGGAAUUCCAAUGCAAAGAUAAUGUAUUAGAUGUUCUCCUGAAGCAAUUCCAGGCUUUGGAUGGAGUUUUAGUACAAGAUCCACUCAGUUGUAGUUCCGACCAGACUCAAGUCAACCUAUACUGCAGAGCUUCAGUCCUAGGUGCGGUUGUUGAGAAAGUCGCAAAACACAUCAUCGCUUGUGACAGGUCUCUCCGCAUCGUAAAGGCAGAAAAGCCCCCCUGGUCAGGACACGGUCAGGGUCGCCUCAGUGUUUUGGACCAACCGGUCGCCGUGGCAAUAGCAGUGAACAAAAUGAAAUCCCACUUGGGUUUGCGGCACCUCCGUUUGGCCCUUGGACAGGGACGCACGCAAGAAUCCAUUAUACGUACCGUGGCCGUCUGUGCCGGAUCGGGAGCCUCGGUGCUGAAUGGCGUUAAAGCAGACCUCUACGUCACCGGUGAAAUGUCCCACCAUGAGGUGUUGGAUGUGGUUGCCAAAGGAACCAGCGUCAUCCUCAGUGACCACAGCAACAGCGAACGUGGCUAUCUGGCGGUUUUCCGAGAGAAACUAACUGAAAAGAUGCCUGCUGAUGUCGUCGUGACGUUGUCUGACGCUGAUAGGGACCCUCUGGAGGUGGUCUGAAGAAUGCAAUUUCAAAAUAUUGCUGAAUCGCUACAGUUGAUGUGCAAUCCAUUUGGAUUGGGAUGGGCAACUGGAUUGCAUGUUUAUUGCUAUCUAGUUAGUUGCCACUUUGUAUCCGUUGCAAUGCUACCACCCAAGCAAGUCUUUACACAAAAUUAUUUUGGUUCCAAUCAACGUGACCGUUGACCGUUGCUUUAUAAAAACACACUAAGGAAGUGAAAAUGAAAGCAAUAAAAGUCAGGA